CAUCCGUCAAUCAGAAAUCGAUKCAGAGAAAAAGCGCGAAAGCUGCCGCCACUGUGCGAAGCCAACAAAUUUUGCAGUUUGCAGAAAUCCAACGUUAUUUUUUCGAUCGUACCUCUGGUACGGUGCUGUGUUGUAAUUGGUAUAUGCUAUCGAUCAUGCACACCGCACAAUACCAGUGCGAAUCGACAAACAGCAUUCUCUACCCGUGAACAAGUCGUCGUCYCAUCUCACAUCMUYGCUUUUGACGACAACAAGACAGCAUGUCACUGCCGAUCGGAUGGGAAAAUCGGAGCAAUUGCAUGUCCGAAAAGGACAUGAAGCUCGGUGGAAUCGCUGCGACGAAAUUCGUCGACAAGAGCCUUGCGGCCGGCGUUCACGGCGACCCGUCGUCCUCUGGCARUCCAGAUSGGUCUCGCGGUGUGUAUUCAGGGGGGAAUGCCGGCGUCUAUCAGACUAGCGACCAGGUGCGGGAGCACUACCUCCAUCAAAUCGAGCAGCAGCAACGGCAACAACAAGCAAACAGCGGCAGCGUCGGUCCCAUUUCGAGAGCCGACCGGCACGCAGCCGGUUUGGGCGGCUGCCACACCGRAAAUUCGACAACAAGAACASCAUCAUCCUCCACCCCUGAUUUCUGGGAAGAUCGCCAAAGAAUGAGGGCGCUGGAGGCCGAGGGAUACCGCACCAAGGGGGGGAACAUCGGGAAACAAAUACAGCAGCAACAGCUCGACUCACCGGAACCAUCAGCCGCAAGCAACAASGUAGUCGAGAACAAAAAMCAACGCGGGAAAACCGAGAAUAUUAGCACCAAGAACAAUGCAGAGAACAACAACAAGAACAACGCCAACAUGGCUCUGGUGAGGGUGGCCACCUACACGCUAGAGCAGCUGGCGGAGACAUUGGAGCAAGAACAGCUGCAUUCAUCAGACGGGAGCAACAAUGCCGCUGCCAUUCCGAUGGAAGAACGAGCGGCCUUUGCCAGGGCGAUCCAGCGGGCCAUGCAGGCACUCGCCGCCUCAAAAAUCUAGAAGAAGAAUUUUGCAUAUCUAACGAUCAACUAAG